CUUGAUAAUAUUUUAUUUUAUAUCUAUAAAUUUCUUGAAAUCUUAGGCGUAGAUAAGAAAUACUUUCCAGAACGCUUUUCCCACCAUAAUAUAUGUGAAAAAAUUAAACUUUAUAAAGCUGCUGGGUAUCAUGAAAUGGAGAAACAUGUUGGAAAUAUUAAUAAUUAUAUACCUAAACAUUCUUUUCCUCCACAAAUUAUUUUCUUCUUAUUCUCGUUAUUUAUAUUCUUUAUAGUAGUUUUCAUAUGGAGGCUUAUCGGUCGAUUAUUAAGAUAUGGCCAAGCUAAAACAUUGCCUAAAGAUGUAGCUUUAAUUUAUGGGACUCCAACAGAUAAAUUUAUUCCCAGCCCUUCACCUUAUGUCUUGAAAUUAGAAACCUAUUUAAGAAUGGCCAAUAUACCAUAUAAAAUAGAUAGUAAUUUCAUCAAAUCUACAGAAGGGAAAGUACCUUGGAUUCAAUACAAUGGCUUAGAAAUAGCAGAUUCACAAGGCUGCAUUGAUUAUUUUAAUAAGAAGCUCGAAUUUGAUUUCAACAAACAACUUUCUGAGAGGGAAAAAUCAGUAGCCCUUGCAUUUAGAAUAUUGGCGGAAAACCAUUUAGUUUGGUGCCUAGUUAUGUUUAGAUUCAUUUACUGCCCGAUACAUCACUUUUUGAGUCAAUUACACUUGACUUGUUGCCAGCGAUUAGCCUAUUAUCUGUUAUGGCCGUAUUACAAAUGUCAAGUCUCCAAGAAAAUUACACAAAAUGGAAUAGGGUACAAAACUCUUCCCCAAGUCUAUGCCAUAGCCAGCGCCGAUCUUAACGCCUUGUCAACUUUUUUAGGAAAUAAAAGUUAUUUUAUGGGAGAGCAGCCCUCCGAAGUUGAUGCUUCGAUCUUCGGGAUAAUUUCUCAAUUUUUAUGGACAUUACCUAGCGAUAACCUUUUGAAAGAUAAAUUUCAAACUGAUUGGACCAAUUUAGCCUCGUAUUGUGUUAGGAUGAAGAAACGAUUUUGGCCUGAUUGGGAUGAAAGGAUUAAGACGGGCCGAUUGGGAUGAAAUUAGGACAGCAAUCAUCCUAUGGAUUGACAAAUAUGUGCAUUUACUUAAUCUAAAUUUGAUCAAUUAUUAAAAUCUCUAUGAUAUUGUUAAAGUUAUAUUUUUUAUAAUUUUAGCUUAUCAAUCGCAAUGCAUAUAAUUUUUUAAAUCAAAUUUAAAACCUAUGUUUAUUAUUCAUAUAUUUAUUUGCAAAAUCAAUAUUGAAUUAUUAUUUUUUAAAUAUAAUUUUGAUUAUUAUAAUCUCGAGGCGAGAAUAGUAUUCAUAUUAGUCGUUCAUUUAUUUAUAGCUGUGCAUUUUUAAUUAUAUAAUAUUUUUUGUUUUUACUUAAUCGUUUUGAAAUCGUGAAUAUAUUUUAUGUUAUAUUGCUCAUUGAAA